CCUCUCUCAAACCACUACCAUCUCCAAUCCAUUUGUUUCCGCCGGUUACUCUGGUCCCUUCUGAGCAUUGCAAUUAGCACAGACAGCAAGAACAACACUGACAGCACUUACUGCAAUCGCUCGCAAUAUGUCUGCAAGGAAAUCUACUACGAAAUCGGCUGCUAAGAAGAGCAGGGCCUCUCCCACCCACCCAUCUUGGGUAGAUAUGAUCAAGGAGUGCAUUACUGCCAAUCCUGAUGACGCUCGCGCUGGCGUCUCCCGUCCCCAGAUCAAGAAAUUUGUUGAGGAAAAAUACAACCUCACCAUGGACAACGCUCAACUGAAUCAUUUGAGCAAGGCCAUCGCCACUGGCGCCGACAAGGGGACUUUUGUCCUCCCCAAGGGACCCUCUGGUCGGGUGAAAUUGCCUCCAAAGACCUCGAGGGCCACUGACACUUCAGCAUCCAAGGAGAACAAGCCCGCGAAGGCUGCACCCAAGGCGGCUACUAAGGCAGCCGCCAAGGCACGUCCCGCCAAGACUGCCACUACGAAGGCUACCACCGCAAAGUCUAGCACGGCCAAGAAGCCAGCUGUGAAAGCGAAGGCCGCACCAACUGUCAAGGCCGCCGCCGCCAAGAAACCUGCCACUCAAACUGCCACCAAGUCUUCAGCGACGAAAUCAUCAACUUCCACUAAGGCAAAGGCAGUUCCUGCAAAAAAGACGAUGGCAGGCAAGAAACCUACCCCUAUCAAGAAGGUUACCUCAGCAUCUAAGCGUGGCACCGUGAAGAAGGCUGUGACUGGAACGAGCGCGCCUGCGAAAGCAAAGACUGCAGCCACCAAGAAGACCAAUGUAAAGAAACCCGCAGCCAAAGCAACCGCCUCGACAACGAACAAGAAGAAGACCGCCAAGAAAUAGGUGUAGAACCUAGUCUAUGGCUACGCUACCUACUCCAUGCACUUUCCCUCACGCCUCUGAUUGCACAUUUCUUAUUUCUCGUAUUUGAUUUGUAUUGUAAUUUAUUGGGUCCUACUACCUGCCCGCCUCUCGAUUACCAAAUCAUCAAUUUUCGUGUGGGCCUGUUGUCGUGAUUAUCUUGAUUUGAACCUAUU